UAUCAUGAGAUGCCCGAACUCUUGUUACUAGAGUUUCGCUGAGACUCUUGCCUCUACUAGCACAAUGAGCUGUAGGGGAUUUCUAGUGCGAGUGUUCACCUAAGACUUCUAUAAGGACGAGGUUGUGGCUGCUUCGUUCGUUCACAUAUAUUAAGUUCAGCAUGGCCAGGAAAGUAGCAAGGAAAGAUAAUGAGUCGGAAAGUAAAGAGCUUAAGAUUUUUUCUACUGAUCUUCCAUCCGAAGUCAUCACCAAAAUUUUGCUAGGACUUCCUAUCAAGAAUAUUUUCAUUUGUAAAUCUGUUUGCAAAGGUUUGAACUCUCGAAUCUCAAAUCCAGACUUUGCCCAAAUGCACGUUAAGCACACACCAACUGGUUUCAUGCUUAGGACUAAUGAUCCAGACCGACUAUCAAGAUUCGUGCACCUUCUUGAAUAUGAGCCUGAAAUGUUUCAAAAUGAUGGUGGCGAUAGUUUUUGUUUCUGUAAAGAUGGAUUUAUCGAACCAGAAUGCGAAAACCAUGUGAUAUUUGAUCAUAAAUUCAAGCUUCCUGUUCAUGUCCCCAAAUUAAUUUUGGACAAUAGAGAUCAGACACUGAAUAAGGGUGGACAAAGUCUAUAUACUGCUUAUCAGCCAGAAAAUAGUAAGUUUGAUGUGGUGAAUUCUUGUGCUGGUUUCCUUUGCUUGUGUGAUCGAAACAAAGAGUAUUUUGUUGUUUGCAACCCAAUUAUAGGUGAGUUUAUCAGACUUCCUAAGACUACUAAAACUUAUAGAACUACAAUUUAUCGUGUCGAUGCAAUAUACACUGGUUUUGGUUUUCAUGACAAAACUAAUCAAUAUAAGGUGGUAAGAAUAUUGCACAAACGCCGCAUAUGGAGAGAGCCUAAGAUGAUUAUGACUGUUGAAAUGCACACACUAGGAACAUCAACAUGGAGAAAUGUUGGAGACUUUGAUGAUAAUAUUUGCGAGCUUGGAUUUCCAACUUGUGUGAAUGAGGCACUCCAUUGGAUCUGUCUUGAUGAUAAUGAAAGGUCAAUAUCGCGUUUCCAUUUUGAACAUGAGAAGUUCGAUUCUCUCCCUUUUCCUCAGGGAUCUGAAAAUGGAAUCAGUGGAACAAGAAAUAUAACCAUGGGAGUCUUGAACGAGUGCCUUUACAUAUGUGAUUCAUCUUUUUUGGAUAUUCCAAUUAGAAUGUGGAUUAUGAAGGACUAUGGUGUUGAAGAAUCAUGGACUAGGGCUUUCAGCAUUGAUACUAUGAUAAGAUAUUGUUGGCCUUAUGGUGGUUUAUAUUGGCCUGUACAAAAAUUUAAGAGUCCUGCUGCUAUAUUGUUGUAUCAUUCAUCCAAUUGCUUUAUCUACUAUGAAUUCAGAAGGCGUCAAUUCAAAUGUUUUAAGGUCUGUGGGUCUGAAUCAAAUUUGGAAGGAAUUCCUCAUAUUCCUAGUCACAUCUCACUCAAGAAUAUUGUGAAGGGAGGAAAUAUCAAGGUGGUGGAUAUCAAUUCCCGGUCCUCCAAGUUUAAAUUGGUCGAAGAAGAUGAAGUUCUCUUUCUAGGUGAAGGAGGUUUACAGGCUUUCAGGCAAAAGAGGAUUUAUCCGUAGCUAAAGUGGUUGUUGAAGUGGAAAAUAUCUACUCCCUAUCAUCAUCUGAUGAUGAAGAUUUGAGCGAAGAGUGCAUCUCAUGAGAAGGGAUCUCCGGACAAUAAGGUUAUGCCAUAGUGCUAGCUUUGAUUUUGCUACUUGUGGAUUUUGAAAUAAAAUAUAUCUCAUCUUAGACUACAAAAGAUAUUCUAGAUAAAUUUUAGUUUAGACGUUCAUUAAUGGAUGUUGUUAUGGGAGUGAUUAUUAUGUUAUCUGUUUUGUACUAGACAAAUGCGAUGCUUAUUGCUUACCCUUUUUCAUUGUGUUUCAUGAUUUCAUUUACAUGCUUUA